GCCUUUGACCCGGAGCCGGCUAGUUAUAGCUGUGUCGGCCAAUCUGUUUCCUCUGUAACCGCACAGGUCAACCCGCCCAGUAGAACACAAACCUCACAUUCAGAAUGGGUAACGCACAAGCUAGAAGAAGGAUCAAGGCCACAGACUUCCAUUAUCUUGCUAAAUUCACCGCAUUUGCGAGCAAUGAGUUGGUUGAGGAGUACUACAACAACCUGAUGGAUAAAUACUCUGAUGGAAAAAUGGAUUCUGCAGAUUUUAUUGCAACAUUCAAGCUAGCUUUCCCAGAGAGACCAGCGGAAAAGGUUGAGCUCCUGGCUUCAAGGAUGCAGAACAAGGAUGGAAAAAUAUCAAUGGCAAACAUGAUGAUUCUGUUCUAUCUAUUCUGCAGUGGGAAGACUGAGGAUAAUUUAACUCACAUUUUCAAUCUUUUUGACAUGGACGGAAACAAGGUUAUCACAAUUGACGAGCUUCUGAACCUGAUGUCUGUAUUUAUCGAGAUCGGAGAAGGAAAGAAUCACAAGGUUGAUCUCGCAACUGUCAUGGCUGAGAUGUAUCAGAAAGGAGAUGCCGACAAGAACGAGAAGUUAGAGCUCAAGGAGUUCAUCAGAGGAAUGAUGGAUCAUCCCGUCACAUCCAAGAUCAUGUCUAUCAAGAACAUUGACGCAUUGUUGGAACUGAUGUAAACCCCUUCCUGCCUCCCUGGUCUUCCUGAUAUCCGGAGCUGAUAUACGAGCUCUCAAGUUGGUUAAUCUGCAACCUGAAGCUGAACCAGUUCUCUCUCAAUCUGAUUAUCUUACAACCUGGAGCUGAACCAGUUCUCUCUCAAUCUGGUUAUCUUACAAACUGGAGCUGAACCAGUUUUCUCCACCUUAUUAUCUUACAACCUGGAGCAUAACUGGUCCCCUCUCUCUAGGGUCUCUGGGAGCCCAAACUUAUUCCUCUUUCCCAACCUUUAUUUAUUAAUUUUGAACAUAUUAAAAUGUGAACUGUACUCAUUUAACAGAACUUCUCAAAUAUAUUUGAUCUUCAGAAUAUUUA